AUGUCAUUUAAAGUCAACUGGAAUACAUUAGAAACCGACGCUUUGACGAGUUGGACCAAAGAUUUAUUGACGUCAGCAUUAAAUUCUGGUAAGUCUCCAAAUAUUCUUGCUUCUGAAAUAACUAUAAAAGAUUUGAAUUUCGGGAAGAUUGCCCCGGAUUUCGAGAUUUUAGAAAUUGGUGAAUUAGAUAAAGACAGAUUUAGAGGCAUUUUUAAGAUAAAUUAUCAGGGCGAUUUCCACUUGACGUUACACACAAAAGUACAAUGUAAUCCAUUGAACAACUACUUUCAAAAUAGUCUAGAGAAUGAAAUUGAUAAUCAAGAACGCCACCAAUUCAUAACACCUAAUUUCUUGCUCAGUAAAGAGCGAUUUCUGGUCCCUUUGGAUUUACAAUUAAGUGAUAUCAAACUUAAUGGUAUUGCCAGUGUUGUAUUCUCCAAAUCAAGAGGUGCUACAGUUGUUUUCAAGAAUGACCCAUUGGAAGGAAUCAAGGUUAAUUCCACUUUUGACAAUUUUGAAAUGUUAUCUUCAUUUCUCCAGAAGCAAAUUGAAAAGAACUUAAGUGAAUUAUUUAGAGAGACUAUGCCUAGUGUUAUCAACAAACUAUCUAUUAAAUUGUUGGAUAUUGAGUCUGUCUCGAGUGCAGCUGCAGCAGCCAAAGCUGGUAGAACUAGUCUUGAAAAGUCUUCUUCCUCGUCAUUGUCAUCCGACACCACAGAAAACAACACACCAUCGUCACCUAUGGGAAACAAUAGUCUAGAGGAAGAAAUAUCUAAGAGAAAUUUGGUACAGAUUGCUUCUCUUUACAGAAGCAGAGAAACCAUGGGAUUGUCCAUACCUAAAAUGGAUGUUACUACAGGUACUAGUCGAAAAGUUAUUAUCAAUCCACAGAAGCAUACAACUCCAAAGAGAAGAGUUAUAAAAUUGCAUAAGAAGGCGGCAAAGGAGGUUGAACCAGAACCAGAGGUCAAGCCAACAGUCGAUGUCAAGAAAGAAAAGGAAGAAGUUGUUCAUGCUGUUUCUGAAAAAGUAAACAUUCAAAAUCACGAAUUCUUAUUUUCCCAAAUUGGAUUGGGUGCAUUGAAGACUAUGAAUAAAUUCAAUGAGAAAAUGCUAACACCUUCUCCAGCAACACCACCACCAUAUUCCUAUAGUAUAUAG